AUGCCCAAAUUCUCAGAGAUUGCAUACUACCUGCUACACCCACAGGAACUCAGGUCCAUCUUGCAAUGGAACAUCUGGCACAGUCCCGUCCACGAGCGCUACGAGGAGAGAGAAUGCCAUUCACUGCGCAUGUGCUUCGCUCUUCUCGACAAGACCUCCCGCUCCUUCUCGGCCGUCAUCCAGGAACUCCAUCCCGAACUCCUCGUCCCAAUCUGUCUUUUCUACCUAGUCCUUCGCGGGCUAGACACCAUCGAGGAUGACAUGACCUUACCCCUCUCCGAGAAGGAGCCGCUGCUUCGCAAUUUCCACCAGGUGCUGGAGGAGGAGGGCUGGAGUUUCGACGGCAAUGGUCCGGAUGAGAAGGACAGGGAACUACUGGUCAAGUUCCAUUAUGUUGUCGAGGAGUUCAGGAAGAUAAAGCCAGAGUAUAGGGAGAUCAUCAAGGAUAUCACGAAGAAGAUGGGCAACGGCAUGGCGGACUAUGCCAACAAUGCAGAACACAACGUCAACGGUGUCAACACGAUCGAGGACUACAACCUGUACUGCCACUACGUUGCCGGACUGGUAGGCGAGGGCCUCACGCGACUUUUCGUGGAGAGCAAGCUCGCGAACCCGUUGCUUCUGCAGCGGCCAGAGUUGAGCGAGAGUAUGGGCCAGUUCUUGCAGCAGGUGAAUAUCAUAAGAGAUAUCAAGGAGGAUUUGGACGACAAACGGCGGUUCUGGCCGAAGGAAGUGUGGUCCAAGUACGUUGACAAGUUCGAGGACCUGUUCAAGCCGGAGAAUGAGGAGAAGGCACUCAACUGCACUUCGGAAAUGAUAUUGAUGGCGCUGCAACGCGCCGAGGAGUGCCUCUUCUAUCUCGCCGGCAUCAAAGACCAGAGCGUGUUCAACUUUGCGGCGAUACCGCAGUCAAUGGCUAUCGCGACGCUGGAGAAGUGCUUCAGGAAUCCAGACAUCUUCAAGAAGAACGUCAAGAUCAGCAAGGGAAACGCGUGCCAGUUGAUGAUCGACUCGACGCAGAACCUGGAGCUCGUCUACGGAAUUUUUCGGCGGCAUGCCAGGCUGAUACACAAGAAGAAUGAUCCGAGAGACCCAAAUUUCAUGAACAUCAGCAUAGCCUGCGGGAAGAUCGAGCAAUUCAUCGAAUCCAUCUUCCCGUCGCAGAAGCCGCCAGAACGAGCCGCGAUAUCCGAGAAGCAGCUCAGCCCGGAGGAGGAAGCCAAGGCAAAGGCGGAUGCCGAGGAGGCGAAGUGGGACGUCAUCUACAUGGGCGCCGCCGUGCUCUUCACACUGUUCUUCAUCACGUUUUUCAUGAUUGUGAUAGCUUGGUUUGCGGGCGCAAGGUUCGAUCUCGCUUUCUCUCAGCUCAAACCCAGCAAUCUGUUCAAACGCACUCCUGCCGCCAAUACGGAAAAGCAGAUACAUUACGAUGAGUUAUGA